UAGUACAUCAGCUUCAGGCACCUAGUCAAGUGCAGUACUGAAAGUCGCGCCUAAAACACUAAAGUGUAUGGAAGAAACAAUUUUAAAAUAUUUUAUUGGUACUGGAUGCAUUUUAAUUAUGUUAAAGAAUCAAUAGACUGGAGAAUUUACUUUAAAAAUAUUUAAAACUAUUAAAAACAAUCUCUCAAAGUAGUCAGCUUGACUAGGUUUUGCACAGGGCUGCCUCCUCAAAGCCGACAUGCUUAGGUCCCAAGGCUUCGUGGAGAAAAAAUUCAGACGCAAAAUAACACAGCAAAAGAUUAUUCACACGUAUUCAGACAAUUAUAUUACUUAUUUAGGCGAUUUUCAGUGUAAGAUUUUUAACUCGAACGCGUUUGAUAAAGGCAUUACUACGCGCGCGGCACGUAAGAUUUUGCGCGCGUGAGGUUGGCAACGGGUGGUCCGGCCGGCCGGGCCCAGCUGACGGCUGGAGCCUGUCAAAGCGGUCUCUUUUCGUUCCGACUGUCACUGAAGCACCAGUGGAAACAUUGUGAGUUUGCCAUGUACGCCGUCCGUGGCAAGUGUGGCUUUGUGAAGAAGUCGAAGGCGGAAAGAUGUGGGAAGGUUUCUCGCGUCCAAUUCCUGCGGCAUUCCGCGAGUCGUCAUGAGGUUGUGGCGAAACAACCGGAUCACGAUCUCAGGAAAGGUCGCCGCAUUGUCGAUCUGAAAACUUUGGCCACAAACAUGUGGUGUGACAAUUGCAAUGACUCUCUGAGUCUUCGCCAUCUGCAGAGCGAGGAGUCUCGUGGGCUUGCAUCCAUUUUCACUGUGCGAUGUCAUCGCUGCUUGGCACUUGCCCAAGUGAUUUCUGACAAGCCUACACGAUCUCCUAAGUCUGGUCGACUUGUAUUCUCCGUCAACUGCAAAGCUGCUUUUGCCUGCAUUGACACUGGUGUGGCCCACGACCAGCUGAACAAGUUUUUGUCAGCUGUCAAUGUACCUCCUAUUCCGAGAAAUACCAUGAAAGUGGCCGAAGGAAUAGUUUCACCUGCUAUCAUUCAGACUGCUCAUAAUUCUUGCCAGGAGGCCAUAGAGGAAGAAAGGGAAUUGACUCUGAAAGCUUUAAGAAGUGAAGGCGAGCUUUCUGCUCUUCCUGAAGAACGGGCUGUUGACAAUCCAGCAUUCAACACAUCCAAUGCCUCAGACUCUCCAACUGAGCAGAUUUCUGAAGAAUGGGCUGUUGACGAUCCAGCAUUCAACUCUUCCUUUGCCUCAGACUGUCCAACUGAGGAAAUUUCUGAAGAAUGGGUUGUUGACGAUCCAUUUAACUCUUCCCAUGCCUCAGACUGUCGAACUGAACAGGCUGAAGUGAAUCAAGAUAAGCCGGAUGAUGUAGUGCCAAUUACUUGUAAAUACGAUUUUGGCUGGAACAAGAGGGGUAAUGGCCAUGCCUACGAUAGUCACAGCGGCCACGGGUCUGCUAUUGGAAACUACACUAACAAAGUGGUUGCUUACGAUGCAAUGAGCAAGUAUUGUGCCUUAUGUGCUCGUGGCCACUCUGCACAGGACCAUGAAUGCGCUAUAAAUUAUGGUGGCUCAUCGAAAGGAAUGGAGCCUUUCACAGCAGUGAAAAUACUCCUGAAGAACGAGCAAUUUAGCCAAGGGAGAGUUCGGCUAGGAACCCUAGUUGGAGAUGCCGAUUCAUCGACCAUGGCUGCACUGAGUAGAGAGAGCGCCUUCCCCAUUAGAAAGUUUUUAGACUUGAAUCAUGGUCUCAAGGCAUUUUCCAGGGCACUAUGGGUUCUGAAGAAAAGUACUUUCAAGUGGCUCACUGCUGAAGCUAUCAAGAAUUUGACAAGCCGUUGUCUGGGUUAUGCCUUGGCUCAGAAUAGAGGGGAUGUUGAAGCUACAAGGAGGGCUAUCAUGAACAUUCCAGAGCAUGUGUAUGGUAACCACACUUCCUGUGGCGACUGGUGCAAGGCGAAGGAUAACCCUAAUUAUGUCUUCAAAGAUUUUCCCUCAAAGCAGCCUCUAAGGGACCCAGCAUUCAAGGCAACUCUUAUCAAGAUGCUACAAGAUAUGGCAGACAAUGCAGAGCAACUUGCUCCUGGUGGAUCCACUCAGCAAAACGAGUCAUUCAACCACAUGGUUGCUACAAGAGCACCUAAGUCUCGUCACUAUUGUGGCACCAACUCCAACUAUUUACGAGUAUCUGCCACAGUUUCCUACAAGAAUUUGGGAGCCGAGCACAGUGAGGCAGUUUUCAAAUCCGCCAACUUGUCCCCCACCGUCAAUGCCUUCAGGGUAUCUGUGCAGAGACGUAGGGAGUGGAAGGCUCGUUACCAAAGCAGGCUUGACGACAAGAGAAGACGACUCCAUCUCAAGACCAAAAACCUCUGGGCAGAAGCAGAUGCUGCACGUAAAGAUGGACCAAGUUAUGAGAGUGGCAUGAGUGGUGUCAUGGAACGUGCAGUUGCUAGUUCUGAUUGCUCAAGUGACUGGCUUCCUCCUCCCUGUGACAUUUCUCCUGAUUGUGCUGUAGUGUAUGUGGACAUUGAGACAACUGGAUUUCUUGCAACGGACCAGAUUGUUCAGGUAGCUGCAAAGUGUGGUGACAGACAGUUCUCAGUAUUCAUGAUGCCAACGGUUUCAUUUCAUGCGAUAGCUUCUGCCAAAACUGGCUUCAAGGUCUUCCGUGGAGAACUCAUGUAUAGAGAAGAAGUGCUCACCACUACUCCUCCUCUCAAUGCUGCAGAACAAUUCAUCACAUUCCUUGCAGAGUGUGGUCCGCAAGUUUUGCUGGUAGGGCAUAACAUCAUUCGCUUUGACGCUCCACGAAUUGUUCAGUGGUUAGAAGAUUUGUCCUGUCUCAAAGACUUCUGUGAAGUGGUUUGUGGCUUUACUGACACUAAGCCUCUCAUCAAGCAGGGUAAGGUGGGUGGUCAAGAGGAGCUCGCCAAGACCUAUCUUGUUGGACCAGAGUGGGAAGUGCACCGUCAAGGAGCUCAUAAUGCUUCUUCAGACGUUAUCCUACUUGAAGGCUUAGUGCGCCACUUUAAAGUAGGUGUGAACACCCUGAAAACCUCUGCAGUGUCUUCAAGAGAAUUUUUCAUGAACAGAGCCAUGCUGAAGAGGAGGAGAUUUUUGCUACCGCAGCUGGCAGAGCUCAAAGGCAAAGUCUCUGACCUCAUGAUUGGGCGAAUGGCAGCUCAUGGUGUAACCAUUUCAGACUUGCAGCGUGAGUUCGACAAGAAUGGUGUGCCUGGGCUCACCAUCUUCCUUGGCAUGCACAUCAACGGUAAACCUCGUGUCACAGCUAGCAAGAAGAUAGUGAACGCCAUUGCUGAGCACAUCAGUGGCAAAGAGAAUCUGCCUCCAUUGUGAGUGGCAGUGUCUUUUAUUUAUUAUAUGAAGUUGUUGUUCGACGCCAAGUACAUUAGUGGUACUGAGAAUUUGUUUGAAUUGUGACUGGCAGUGUUGUGCACUAUGUAUUGUGAAGUGUAAAUAUUGUUUAUAGUUUUGUCAGUUGUGUCAAUAAUUGUGAUAUUUGUAAUGGAGCCAUGAAGUUUUCCAUUAAAAGGAAUGAUGAUCUCAAGUGUUUGCUGUUCCUUUCCUCUCUUUCCUUGGCCCUUACAAGUCUAAAGCCUCACUUACACUGAAAUCACCAAAACUCUUU